UACUGCGACGUCGCAUUUGACACCAGUGUGAUUGUUGGUUGGCUGUUCUUGGCAGCUUGGCAGAGAUUGUCAUUACUCUACAUUAUUCUAAUCUCAUCUAGGCUUGCAAUGAAAAUUCCUCGGUACACACUGUACAAUUUAAUUGUUAUUACUCAAAUUGAAUCAUCAUUAUAUUAUUUAUACAAGUUAUUAGAUUUUUAACAUCCCCCCAAAGUAUAAAAAAAUAUCCUAUACCAUUACAAAAGAUAAUAAAAAAAAAAAAAAGAGAAAAAAAUAUACGAACAAUAAACUCAAGUGUAUAGAAUAUGGGUGUACGUCAAUACCUUGUGGUAUUAUUUUUUUCACAAUGACAGUGGUGAUAUUGAUGAAGAAACAAAAAAUUUUAUAGCCAAAAAAAUGACGUGUUAAUAAAAAAGUGGUGUAGAAUUACUAAAAAAAUAUUGAAAAAAAAAAUAAAUUUAAAAUACAAGAGAAUAAUAAUAAUAAUAGUUAGAAUAAUAAUAAUAAUAUAAUAGUAUAUUGUACAAGUACGGUAUCAGCUAGAGAAAUGGAAGAGGGUAAAAGUGCUGAAGAAGUAUGGCAAAAAAUUAAAACUGAAGAUAGAGGUGAUCUUUUUACUGAAGACAUGGCAACUGGUUCUGUUGACGGUAAUUCACAAACUUCUUUAGCUGAUAUAUUUGAUACAGCAUUUACAUCAACUGCUGAUCCAUCUCCUCAAAGAUGUCCAGCAGGUACAGAAAUGGAAUUUGAUCAUUUAUUUGCUGAGAGUGAUAUUGAGGAAGCUGAUGCUCAAGCUCGAGCUGAGCAAUUUCCUAAUCAGUCAAGUCACUCAUCAACUGAUAAUAAUUUUACAUAUGCACCAUAUAUACAACGUUCGGGACAUCGUCAUUAUCGUCCACAUCAACGUAUUAAUAAUUGUAACAUGUGUCGUACUAGAUCAAGAAGAGAUGAGGUUAAUCAACCAAUUAAUAAUAAUAUAAUUCGAAUGACUGAUGAUAAUUCAUGUGAUUAUCGUGAAUAUAGAAAAAGAAUAUUGCAUGAAAGAAAAUUACAAAAAAAUGAUACAAAAAAUAAAAUUGUUAAUAAUCAAAAUGAUAAUUUGAGUAUUGCUGGACCAUCUAGACUCGUUGAUGCUCCAGUUGAUUACAGCAUAACCGGUCCAUCAAAUCACAUUGCUGAAACCAUUGAUGAGAGUUCAAAUAAUCCAACAAGUGAAGUAUCAAGUGAAAGAGAACCAUAUCCACCAGGUGUUCAUCCAGUAGCUAUUAAUAAUUCACCACCAAGAGGAGGACUUGCUCGACAUGAUGAUACACCAUCAGCACCAGAUUUACAAUUAGAUUGGUCUUCCAGUAGUGGAAGUGACGAUGAAGAUGGUUCUGUUGAAGUAAUAGAAACCGUGAAUUAUACAAACAAGAAUGGAACAACUGUAAAUGAUCAAAAUGAUCGUACAGUAACAGUUGUUGAUUUAACAGCUGAAUCAGAUGAAGAACAUCCAACAGCAUCAUCAACAACAGAACAACCACAAUCACAAUCGUCAUCAUCGUCAUCAUCAUCAUCAUCAUUACCAGUACCUGAAGAAACAUCACACAGAAAUGAAUAUCAUUGUAUGCAUAGACCACUUGAUUAUGCACGUAUGCGUCAUCAUAUGAUACCACCAAGAUUAUUUUAUCAAGAUUAUCAUCGUCCAAUUAUUCAAGAUUCAAUAAAUUCUAGUGGUUCAUCAUUUGGUGGUAGAAUGCAUCCAAAUUAUCAAAAAAUGUGGUUAUUACAACAACGUGUACAAGAAAGACAUAGACGUCGUUUAUAUCCAAGAUCAUCAACAGUACAUAAUUGUACACCACCAAUGGCACAUAUGUAUCAACCUGGACGUGUUAUUGGUGAUGGUAAUCCACCACCACAAGUACCACCACCACCACCAACAAAUAUACCACGUACAUGUUGUUUAGCAAAUGAGCAUUCAAAUCAUAUUGAUAAUUAUCAAAGACAUAAUGGAUUACCACCACCACCACCACCACAACAACCGAAUGUCUAUAGUCAUCCAGAAGCAACUGAAAUAUCAUCACCUUGUCCAUUACCAUUAUUAAUGAGUCAUCAACGUAAUGAUACAAUUGAAGUUACACGUGGUAUAGAACAAAAUAUACCAGUACAUCAACAUGUACAUCAUCAUAUGUAUCAUUGGCCAGCACAAUAUCAAUAUCAAGGACCACAUAUUUCUCGUAUGCCACAUCUUCAUAUAAGUAUAUCACCACAUAUGCAAAAUCAAGUAUCACCAGAAUUAAUUCCAUAUUCACCAAUGCCAGAAUUUGUUGUACAACCAACUAGACAUAUGUCAGCAAGACUAGAAAAUUAUAUGAGAAUUGUUGAUUUACGUCGUAUGUCACAUAUUAGCUGUGGUGCAACACAAGAAUCAAUUGAGAGCCAUACAUUCCCUCAUAAAUAUAAACGAGUAAAGAAAGUUGAAAAUCGGGAAGAUGCAAUUGAAAAAUGUACAAUCUGUCUUUCUGAAUUUGAAGAUUGUGAAAGUGUCAGGAGACUUCCCUGUAUGCAUUUAUUUCAUAUUGAUUGUGUGGAUCAGUGGUUAUGCACAAAUAAACGCUGUCCAAUAUGUCGUGUUGACAUAGAGACAUUUCUUCAUAAGGAACUUACUGCAACAGCAUAGCUUAAAAUUGAUCGAACAUACCUCUACAAAUAAAUGUGAGUCUCUCAAUAUAUUACAUACUACAUAUAUGCGUUAUUAUCAAAUAAUUACAACUGGCCUUUUAUACGCAAUAUAAUUAUAGGUAUUUAGAAAAAAAAAAAAAAGAAUUUUUUACACUAAAAACUUUUAUUAGAAAAAAACAAUUUAUAUAUAAUUUAAAUACAAAUUGCAAUAUGAAUUAUGAAUUUUUAAAAUUUGUAAAUAUAUAUAUUAAUAGAAUAAUGUGAAAGUGUAAAUAAAUUUAUGGGAAUAAUAAAAAAUUAAUAAUUUUUUCAAACAAAAUUUAUAGUCCAAGCCAUGAGUGGUUCAAGUAAAAUUUGCAAUUAAAUAUUAACAUAAAUAUUGUACUCAUAUUUAGAUAAAAGUUUGUCAAUUUUGUUGAUGACAAACGACUGUAUUUUAAGGGCUGUUUUAUUAUUAUUUAAAAUAAUUAAGUGAUGGAUUUAUCAGGACCGGGGUUAAAAAAUGGCCAAUGUGUAAUCAAAUAAUGCUUUCAUAUCGUAAUAUUUUAUUUGUGCAACUAGGCUUUUGUGAAUG